GUAUAUUAUGAAGGUAUCAGCCUUGUCAAACAACCAAUAUACAUAGUUAUAAAUAUUACUUACAAUGGGUUGAUUUUUUUCGAUAGUUUAGGGGACUUGGUUGAGAUAAACAUCACCGUUAACCAUCAUCAACGUAUUUGUUUUAAAAUAUAAAUUCCGGUCAAAGUCGCUCUGUGCCAUAAGGGAAACCCCCUGGGGAAAAGCGAUAUCUUCCAGAAUCUUCUGUCCUUCUGGAUAAGAGGUUACAGCGGAUAUCCUAUUUGAGUAUCGACGAAAUCCUCAACAUUCAACUUUGUCCGCUGUGUCUUAACUUUAUCCGCUGUGUCUGACGUGGUUGGUUCUCAAUUAAAAGGGAGAUUAUCAACAACACAUUUGGUAUUCUGAUAGUUGUGAGGAUCCACGUCAGUGAGAAAGCGACAUACACAUAAAAAGGAGAGGGACGUAACAAACCAGCUUUACUCUCUUCAAGGAAUGUCCAUCUAAAGCAUCUUUAAAAUCACGUUUACUAUGGAACCAACAAUAACAUUUCGAACACUGAAAAAUCGAUUCAUGCAAAAUCCAAGUGGGAAACUUUAUAAAAUGCUGAUGAAUGCAAAGUAUUGUUUUCAUUUACCGAGUGAUUGAAAAAGUUUCCUGACAAGCAUCGAUUUAAGUACAAGGACCAGGUAUAUGCUAUUAAGGUGAAUAACAGAAAUCUGUGAUUUCAUCACACUGACUUGCAUAACCACAAAUACAAGCAGUCCAGCAAUGUUAUAACCAUUGACAAUUCUGCUACUGGAGAAUUAAAUGGACAUAAACCAGCAUUCCUGACGACAUCUACAAAAUGCCAUCACCUCUACAGUCACGCAAUGAUCAUCAUUUCCUAAUGAACCCGCCAAUUCAGUUUGGAACAGGAACUGAGCCAAGUUCUGUAAUACACUAUAGAGGAUUAACGUCUGCUAAUGAGGAAACUUUGUCUCAAGAGGACCAGGAGAUAAAUGUAGAAUUAAAUGAAAGUAGCGAUGAAUAUUUUGAUGAGAUUGCGGAUGUUGGUGUUAAUGGAAGAGAAGAACUUGGAACAGUAUUUGACGAAAGCCCCCAGGAGCUGUUGGCCAUAGCAUCAAACUACCCGCACUCAAAUGUCGGACAGGAUACCAUUAGAAUCCGCCAACAAGAGAAAGGGGAAAAUGGACAGAAUAGACGGGAUGUAAUAGAGGUGUUACAGAGAAGAGGGUAUGACAUCUCUCAAAUUCAAACAGCGAUGGACAAAAUCUGGUCAGAAAUUCCAUAUUCAAAUUUGACACCUGAAGCUGUUCAUCGAGAAAUACAAACGUUGCAACAGGAGCCUUCUGGUAAAGAGGUGACCACAAAUGUUGUGAUGGUCGGGGAUGGAUUGAACAAUGAAGAUAUGAAGAAACUGAAGUUCGAAAACCAAUAUCUGAGGGAGAGAAGUAUCUGUAAAGUGUGCAGGAUCUAUGACAUAUGUAUAGCAUUCUUUCCGUGUGGUCACCAGAUAUGCUGUACCGAUUGUUUCAGGAACACGAAUGACAAAUGUGAUAUAUGUCAAAAUCCCAUUGACUAUGGUCUUGCGGUUCAAACAGAUGUAUAACAAACAAGAUAAGAACUUCAUGGGAACUUAUAGACCAUCGGGUGCCUUAGAGUUGUGACAUGGAAUAAUGAGCGUAACUGUAAAUGUUUUCAUUUUAUUGAAUGCGUCAGGCAGUGUGAUGAUAACAGCCUAGUGUAUUCUGUAAUAGUUUCACUAAAAUUUAGAAUGACAAUUAACAAUCGACAUACAAAUACAAAUGUAUUAGGUUUAUUUCACUUGUUGUGUACGAAAUAUUUACUGAAGAUAUCAACACCCAUCCUAAAUCCUGACUUAAUACUUUUAUGAGAAAAAUGAUAAAAGACACAGCCUAUACAAUUGCAGGUCAGGACCACGUGAUAUGCAUUCUUUCAAUAUAUACGGAGACAUAUCUUAUGUCUGUAGCAUUAUGAUACACAAUAAUGAUUCUCAUUUUGUUGUUGGGUGGAUAAUUAAUUUUUUUUUUUUUUUUUUUUUUUUGCAAGAGUUGAAUAAUUUUGUUGAUGAACGAUUAAUUACAAAGAACAUAUUCAGUAAUAAGAAAAAGUGGGGUAUUAAGAUAUGUGGGUUUUUUUUUUAACUUUGUUGUGCUCCUAAAAUUUAUUUACUUUGUUUCACUCAUAAAUGAUGAGGGGAGACUCAUCUUGUACAAAAAUCCACAAUUACUUGUAUUAUCCCAGAAACCUUCAAAAUAGGCAAAUUAAUGGUAUUGUUCAAGACGUUAUAAAAUAAUUCAAUAUUAUUAAAUUCUACAUGUCCUUAAUCUCUCUUUCCUGAAAAUAUAUUUUAAGCAACCAGUUGAUGAUGGUUUCAUAAACAUUUUUUCUAAAAUGUUGAGUCUGAGAGUCCGUGUUUUGAAAUCUAUAUAAGUUUUUAUAAACUUUUCUUUAUUGAUUAAAACAAAAUUUGAAAAAUGAUGUUUUAAAGAUAAAGGAUUGAGAAAACAUCUACCUCUAAAAGACUACCAGAUACACAGCAUUAUUUACAGAUUAUAAGGCCUGUUUGUCUACAAUGCUCUACCAAAGGAUUUGUUAUUAUAACUGGUCAGAUGUUUUAACUUUUAUUAGAGCAAUUUAUUGAUUGUUUUUGUUUUGAGGCUCAUUGAUUGAUUGUUUCAUCCAUGCACUGAAAUUCUGAUUGAUUGUCGUUUAUAAUUUAAUGAGGUUGUUUUUACCUAAUUAAAUACAUACGCAUUUUGGAUUUAACCACAAGUUAUUGUUUUCUUUUUUAAAACAAUUUUUAUAAUAGAUUGAAUCUCGACUCACAAACAUGAUCAGUUAUAAUGAUUUUAGAAAACUGAGUGUGGCUAAGGGGAGGUUAAUCAAUACGAGAGAUGUCAUCACUAGUUUUUUAAACAGAAAGAAGUUAAAAAGAAAAGGUUGUUAUAUUGCUUUAGUUUUGUCCAUAGAAUGAAAGAAAAUGUCAUUUUCAACUUAAAGAGAGGAUGAUAUAAUUCCUUUAUCAUAGAAGUUGCUAAUGGACUUAGCAAAAAUCCACCAUUUACACGAUAGAACGUUUUAUGUUUAAAAUAAUCUGAAUUCUUUAAAAAAAUAAAUAUUUUGUCUGCAUGGUAUUAUAAAAGAACUAUUACGUAUAACUGUGUCAGUUUCUCUAUUUAUGUUCUUUGCAGGUUAAUUUUAUACCUAUUUGAUUUCACCAAUCGUGAUUUGAUUUAUCAUCAGGCUGACUUGAUUGAAAUUAUCGAAAAUGAAUUGAAAUAAUUGUCCAGUUAUUGCUUCCUAAUCAAGUGCCAAGAGGAAGUCGUUUUUCUUGCCUGUUAUCUUUAUAAACCUUAAGAAAUGUUAUUGAGAUUUUUUGUUGUUGGAAAGAAGAAACUGAUGACGGUAGUAAACAAAAACUUGAGGCACAUUUGUCAUGACUCAAAAUCACUUCUUCAGAAAUAUUGAUCUAUAUAUUUCACAGAUAAAUCAUUGAUGGAUGACAUAUUUUUAACAAAAAAAUCGGGUAUACCCCCUAAUUUUUGUACAUACUCUAUCAAAGGAUGUAUUUAUAUAAAGUCUGAUGUUCUCACAUUUAUUUUUUAUCAAAAUGUUUUAAUUGUUAGUGUUGAGCCGCACUUUUUGUGUGUCAAUUAGCAUUCUGCAUACUCGGCGAUUAACCGAAGUUUUUCGUUGGUUGGUAACAAAAAAAUAUUAUAAAAAAAAUAUAAGCGCGUGCAUAUAUUAUUUAAAAUAUAUAUAAAUAUGCAUGUGCGACUAAUUUGAAGAUUUGUUAAAAUAUAUUUAACAUCUAGAUUUACUUAAAAACGACUCACGAUCUUUCAAUUGUGCCACACUUAAUUUACUUAAAAAGUGAGUUUUAGCCUUUCAAGUUUUUAUUUGAAAUGUUGACAGAAAAACGUGCUAUAAAUGUGCAUAUGCUUGCUUGGAAUAAAUAUCAUGUAUAAGCCAGA